AUGCGUCCAUCCUUUCCUUCCUUGUUACUCUCCUUACUUUCUCUUCUUUGCUUCUCGCCCUACGCUGCCAUCGCGAAUGCCUCCUCGGCCGCCGAUUCCAUUUCCACCUCCAUUUCCGACUCCCGAUCCGACUACCAUGAACAGCUAAUAUUGCGCCCGCUGCCAUUGUCCGCUCUUCUCGCCAGCUUCAACUUCCGCUCCAACACCUCGCUCUCUGCCUUUGAGGCGCACAACUUCCGUUUCUUCCCCCGAUCGCUGGGACAGAUUCUCCAGCAUGCCGGCACUCGCGAGUUGCACUUGAGGUUCAGCCUGGGAAGAUGGGAUGCCGAGAGCUGGGGCGCCAGGCCGUGGAAUGGCGCACGCGAGGGUGGAACAGGUGUUGAGAUGUGGGCGUGGCUGGAGGCAGAGACAGACGAGGAGGCCGAUCACAAAUGGUUGACGCUUACCAACGCGCUGUCUGGCCUCUUCUGUGCCUCCCUCAACUUCAUCGAUAGCACCCGAACCACCCGUCCCGUCAUGUCCUUCCAGCCCGAGGGCAACCACAUCGAUGCGAACGCGACGAACAUGCACCUGCUAUACGGAGUGCUGCCCCACGAAGUUGUCUGUACCGAGAACUUGACACCCUUCCUUAAGCUUCUUCCAUGCAAGGGCAAAGCCGGUAUCGCUUCACUGCUUGACGGACAUAAGCUCUUCGACUCCUCAUGGCAGACUAUGGCCAUCGAUAUCCGGCCUGUGUGCCCUGAAGACGGCGAGUGUGUGUUGCAGAUCGAGCAGAGCAUUGAUAUGGUCUUGGAUGUUGACCGAUCCAAGAGACCCAGGGAUAACCCGAUUCCCAGGCCACCUCCCGCUCACGACAUGAAGUGCAAUACCUCGAAGCCGUACCACGCUCACGAUACCUGCUUCCCUACCGAUUCAGCCGCCAAUCAAGACUGGUCGCUAUCCCAAAUCUUCGGCAGGCCCAUUAAGGGAACCUGCCCAUUGACCGACCCUACCGUAUCUCCUGUCUGCAUCCAAGUUCCCGAUUCGCGCAUUGUCUUCGCCUCCGAGGGCGCUAUCGAGAAGAAGAACCCCGGUCAGACCUCGCGCUGCUUCGACUUCCCUGCUGAGAAUGACUUCGAAGUCUUCCUUCCCGCCCCCGAGACGCAGGAUGGAUCCGUAAUAGUCGAUCAACACCUCGUCAAGCCCGAAACGCCCCUCCUCUACGCCGAACGCAGUUUCACCGGUCACGGCCAGGAACGCGGCGGCGUGCAGACCAUCCUCCGUAACCCCAGUCCCGACCAGGAAGUCGAGUUCAUCUACAUGGAAUCCCUCCCCUGGUUCAUGCGCAUCUACCUGCACACCAUCUCGGCCCGCGUCGACGGACAACCGGGCAAGGCCGACUCUUUGAUUCAGGAAGUCUACUACCGCCCCGCCGUCGACCGCGCUCGCGGAACCCAGCUCGAAGUCCGCAUGACUGUACCGCCCGCUUCUACCGUUUUUCUUACGUACGACUUUGAGAAGUCCAUCUUGCGGUAUACCGAGUACCCGCCUGACGCGAAUCGCGGGUUUGAUGUGGCUGCUGCUGUCAUCACUAUUCUGAAUAAGGACAAGAACGGUGGAAACUCGAGAUUCGCGGCGUAUAACCUGAGAACGACGACAUUGCUGUGCAAUCUGCCUACACCCGAUUUCAGCAUGCCGUAUAAUGUCAUCAUCUUCACGUCGACAGCUAUUGCCCUUGCGUUUGGCGGCAUGUUUAAUAUUCUCGUCAGACGAUUUGUCGCGGCGAAUGAGGGCCCGAAGAGCGGGUUGAAGAAGGGGGUGGACAAGUUAAAGGCGAAGUUGGCCGCUUUAUUCAAGAAGAAGAGCAGUGCGGCUGCGGUUGCGAUGACAGCAGAGAAGAAGACGGAGUGA